GAAAAAACAAAAAAGGCAUUCCCUUUCUUCCUUCGUAAACGCAUCUUCUCUCUGCAGUGUGCAGUCCCUACUGUGAGUGACUCCAAGUUUCCAAGCGAAGAGAGGCACAGCAGCAGCAGUUUCCUUGGCAUUGAUCGGAUCUGACUCCCCAACCGGACCCGGAUCCGACCCAAAUGGGAAUGCCCCAUAAACCAUGACCCAACGCGUGGACGACGACACCGAGUCCUGCCGUUUUCACGAUUCCUACGACCGCUUACUCUCCUCCUGCUCCACCUCCACCUCCGACGACGACACCUCCACUCCCCAAAACGACGCCGUCUCGCUCAAUGCCCUCCCCCAAUUCCCCAUGUGCAAGUACGACGCCUGGAUCUCCGAACCCUCCUCCCUCUCCGAGCGCCGCUCCCGCCUCCUCCGCCAGUUCGGCCUCCCCGCGCCGCCCCCCAUCCCCCGAUCAGCCUCCUCCACCCAAUGCACCGACACUCCCGCCGCCUCUAUUUCCCGAUCCAAGUCCGACACCACCGCGGAUCGCGCCGUCAAGCAUUGCAAGUCCUCCGUCGUUCCCAUCGACGACAAUGCCAACGGUUUUCUCCUAAACAACAAUAACAAUAAUGAUAAUAAUAAUAAUCAUGUUCGUUCUGUUAAUGGUGCUUCUGCACCUUCUGUUUCCGUUGUGAGUGUGUUUGAAGAUGAUGAUGGAAUUGUGGACGGGGAUGGUAAUGAUAACGGUAAUGGUAAUGGUAAUGGUAAUGGUGAUGAUAAUGAUGAACAAGCUUGUACGAUUAGGGAUUUGGAUAACGGGAAGGAGUUUGUGGUGAAGGAGGAUGGGGUGUGGAAUGAGGUGAAGGAAGUGGGGACUGGGAGGCGUUUGACUGUGGAGGAAUUUGAGAUGACGGUGGGGCAUUCUCCUAUUGUUCAGGAGUUGAUGAGGAGGCAGAAUGUGGAGGAGGAAGGUGGUGAUGGGGAGGGUUUGGAUGGUGGUGAUGAGGGGGAUGGUGGUGGUGGUGGUGGUGGUGAUGGCAAGGUGAAGAAGAGGGGAGGGGGGUGGUUUAAGUUCAUGAGUUUGAAGAGUGUUGUGGUGGGUCAGAAGGAGAGGAGAAGCGGCGACGAGAGGGAUACCUCGUCGUCGGAGAAGGGGGGUGGCCGGCGGUCUAGCUCGGCCACAGAUGAUAGCCAGGAUGGUGGCAGUGGUGGUUUGGGUCAUGGGGGUGAGAGGGUGAGGGUUAGGCAGUAUGGGAAGUCUUGUAAGGAGGUUACAGGGCUUUAUAAGAGCCAGGAGAUUCAGGCUCAUGAUGGAUCCAUUUGGAGCAUUAAGUUUAGCUUGGAUGGGAGGUACCUUGCUAGUGCUGGUGAGGAUUGUGUGAUCCAUGUUUGGCAGGUUGUGGAGUCGGAGAGGAAGGGAGAGCUGCUGGUGGAGAAGCCGGAGGAUGGGAAUUUGAACAUGUUGUUUGUUGUGAAUGGGUCCCCGGAGCCUUUGUCUCCUGGGCUGGAGAAUAAUCUGGAGAAGAAAAGAAGGGGGAGGUUGUCUGUUAGCAGAAAAUCCUUGAGCUUGGACCAGUUAGUGGUACCGGAAACUGUGUUUGCACUCACUGAAAAACCCGUUUGUUCCUUUAAGGGCCAUCUUGAUGAUGUGCUUGACCUUUCUUGGUCCAAGUCUCAGCAAUUGCUCUCGUCUUCGAUGGACAAAACAGUGCGAUUGUGGCAUUUGUCUAGCAAGUCUUGCCUGAAAAUUUUUUCACACAGUGACUAUGUAACUUGCAUCCAGUUUAAUCCUGUUGAUGAUAGAUACUUCAUUAGUGGAUCUUUGGAUGCUAAGGUUCGCAUAUGGAGCAUUCCUGAUCGACAAGUUGUUGAUUGGAUUGAUCUACAUGAGAUGGUCACUGCAGCUUGUUAUACGCCUGAUGGUCAGGGUGCGCUAGUUGGUUCAUACAAGGGUAGCUGCCAUUUAUAUAAUACAUCUGGUAUCGGCAAAAAUAAGUUGCAACAGAAAAGUCAGAUAAAUUUGCAGAACAGGAAAAAGAGAUCGAACCACAAGAAAAUUACUGGCUUCCAGUUUGUGCCAGGAAGUUCAUCUGAAGUACUGAUCACUUCUUCUGAUUCUCGGAUUCGGCUUGUUGAUGGUAUUGAUCUGGUUCAUAAGUUUAAAGGUUUUCGGAAUGCAAAUAGCCAAAUUUCAGCCUGUCUGACAGAAAACGGUAAAUAUGUUGUUUCAGCAAGUGAGGAUUCUCACGUAUACAUAUGGAAAAAUGAAGCUGAUUGCAGACCUAGCAGGACUAAAGGUGUUACUGUCACAAGCGCAUACGAACAUUUUCACUGUAAAGAUGUGUCAGUGGCAAUUCCUUGGCCUGGUAUGGAUGAUGCAUGGGAGAUGCAUGAUACAUAUUUUGGGGAAGAACCGGAGCUUGAUGAUGAUGGGGAUGAGAAUAAUGGGGAUGAGGUCUCAUCGGCCAAUCAUCCUCCUACCCCAGUGGAGGAAAAUUUUGGUUCUGAGGGUUCGCAAUUUGCUUCAGGUUGCAACAACAGUCCACUUCAUGGAACCAUUGCAAGUGCGACAGAUAGUUAUUUUCUUGAUAGAAUUUCUGCAGCAUGGCCUGAGGAAAAACUUCUAACUACAAGGGAGCGAAGCCCUCGGGUAAGUGUGGAUUUAUCUAAUGGGGUGAAUCAGAAUAUGGCCUGGGGUAUGGUGAUUGUAACUGCCGGCCUUCAAGGGGAAAUUAAAAUUUUCCAAAAUUUUGGAUUGGCACUUGGUAUAUAAGAGGGGAUUGAAAAUUUAUGCCUAUCAGCAUGGGAGAAUGAGUUGAAGGCAUCAAUUCAGAAGAAAAAGUAAAGUGGUGGGGCUGUUCUGUUUUGGACUUCCACAUUCUCCAUUAGUUGGUGGGGACUUGUACAGAGAGGCGUUGGGUGAGAUAUUAUAAGGUGAGUUCCAUUUCUUCCGUGUUCUUUUGCUUAUCGAUGAGAUAUGUUGCAAACUUGCAAUUCCAAUCAAGUGUUUGGGGGGACAAAAAAAGAAAAAAAAAAGGGGUAAAAACAGUGAACAAAAGGGAAAAGAGAAAGAAGGUACACCUGGAAUUUGGAAACCAGUGGAUUUAUUGUAAUGGGAAAAUGUAGAGAUUAACGGGUAUGGGAAAAGCUUGUUGAAUUACAAAUGAUUAUUCUUUUACAUUUGUUAAUAUUAGUCCUGUUAUUAUGUAAUCAAUUUCUUGUCCAGUGGAAUUAAUUUCAAUAAAACAGCAUAUGGCUUAAA